UUUGUUUAAUUUCAGAUUAUUUGGAGCUGGGUUUUUUUUUUCUCUCUCUGCUGUUACCAGCAGAGGGACUCCCCAAUGCGGAUGUGGGAGGAGAGGAAGCUCCCUCCCUCUUUCUCUUUCUGUUUCCACGCCGGCCUGGGCUGAGGGAAAUCUGCUUUAACCCCGAGGAGCACUGUCAGGACAAGAAGUCUGACCCCGGCAUGGCCCAGCCUGUGCUGUACCUCGCUCCGCACCCUCACAACUUCCAGAAUGCCAAGGUUCUCGUCGCGCUGGAGUACGGCCGCUCCAAGCUGGGAGCGGUGGAAAUCCGAGGACCGGCUGCCGGCGACACUCUGAGCCAGCUGGCCACCUCCAGGCUGCCGGCGUUGGAGACUGACUCCAGGCUCUGCCUCCAGGGAGCAAGGGCCGUCGCACAUUACCUCGCCCCAGGGAGGAUGAGGGGUUCCAGCACCAAGGACUCUGCCUCGAUCCAGCAGUGGGUGAACCUGGCAGACAGCGAGAUCAUUCAGCCGGCCUGCACUUGGACUUUCCCGGAGCUGGGCUUGAUGAAGCACAACAGUACGGCUGCUGAAAGAGCUCAGCUGGACCUGAAGAGAAUCCUGCGAGUUCUGGAUGCCCACCUGAAGCUGCGGACCUACCUGGUGGGGGAGGGAGUCACCUUGGCAGAUAUCGCCGUCAGCUGUUCCUUGUUGCUGCCCUACAAACACGUCUUCGAGCCCCACUUCAGGGAGCCCUACGUGAACGUGAACCGUUGGUUCCUGACCUGCAUGAACCAGCCCGAGUUUGUCCGUGCGCUGGGGGAGGUGACGCUGUGUGAGCGGAUUGUUCCUGUGGCUGGGCAGCAGCAGAAUGCCGUCCCCACCUCGGAAGGGACCCUGACCCCGGCCCCAGAGCAGCCCCCAGUGAGGAAGACUCCAGCCCAGCUGAAGAAGGAGGCGAUGAAGAAGGAGAAGAUGGAGAAGUUCCUGCAGAAACAGAACAAGCUGAAGGAGCAGCAGGAGCGGCAGCCAGAGAAAAAAGCCAAAGCAGAGAAGAAGGAUUUGGGAGUGAUUACAUACGAUAUCGCUACUCCUCCAGGAGAGAAGAAAGAUGUGUCCUGCCCAAUGCCAGACUCCUACAGCCCCCGGUAUGUGGAAGCUGCCUGGUACCCCUGGUGGGAAAAGCAAGGCUUUUUCAAACCCGAAUACACGCACAGUAUCUCGGAGCCGAACCCGAAGGGGAUGUUCAUGAUCUGUAUCCCUCCGCCUAAUGUGACUGGGUCCCUGCAUCUGGGCCAUGCCCUCACCAACGCAAUCCAGGACUCACUGACUCGCUGGCACCGGAUGCGCGGAGAGACCACCCUGUGGAACCCGGGCUGUGAUCACGCUGGCAUUGCCACGCAGGUGGUGGUGGAGAAACGGCUGUGGCGCCAGUCCAGGCAAACCCGGCAUGACCUGGGCCGCCAGAACUUCAUCCAGGAAGUGUGGAAGUGGAAGAACGAGAAAGGCGACCGGAUUUACCACCAGCUACGGAAGCUGGGCUCCUCUCUGGACUGGGACCGUGCCUGCUUCACUAUGGACCCGAAACUGUCGAGGGCUGUCGAGGAAGCGUUUAUCCAGCUGCACGACGAGGGGGUGAUCUAUCGCAGCACGCGUCUGGUGAACUGGUCCUGCACACUGAACUCUGCCAUCUCUGACAUCGAGGUGGAUAAGAAGGAGCUGCCGGGACGGACUCUUCUCCCGGUGCCCAGUUACAAGGACAAGGUGGAGUUCGGGGUCCUCGUCUCUUUUGCCUACAGAAUCGAUGGCUCGGAUGAGGAGGUGGUCGUGGCGACCACUCGUGUUGAGACCAUGCUGGGAGACACUGCAGUCGCUGUCCACCCUCAGGACUCCAGAUACCAGAAUCUGAAAGGGAAGUUCGUCAUCCACCCUUUCUGUGACCGGAAAAUGGCCAUCGUCUUCGAUGAGUUUGUGGACAUGAGUUUUGGAACAGGGGCCGUAAAGAUCACGCCAGCUCAUGACCAGAACGAUUAUGAAGUGGGCUUGAGACACAACCUUGAAUUUGUAAACAUCAUGGACAAUAAUGGCUGUCUCAUCAACGUCCCAGAACCGUUUUUGGGAAUGAAGCGGUUUGAUGCUCGGAAGGCUGUCCUGGACGCGUUGGUACAGAGAGGCCUCUUCAGAGAAGUGAAGGACAAUCCCAUGGUGGUACCAGUCUGCAGUCGUUCCAAAGACAUUGUGGAACCUCUGCUGAAACCCCAGUGGUACGUGCGUUGUGACGAAAUGGCGAAAAUGGCGGCCGACGCGGUACGGAAUGGAGAUUUGAAAAUCAUCCCCGAGAAUCACCUCAAGACUUGGUUUAAUUGGAUGGAUAACAUCAGGUAG